ACAAAAUUGUGAAUCCAAUGUGUCCCAAACAUCAGCACAUCACCUCCUCCUAGUGUCGCGAUGGAGUGGACCGCUCUGUUUUUAUUAAUUGCUAUGUUCUCUGGGUUUUCAAUGUUACUAACACUAGAUGUACACUUACAUUUUGAUAUGGGCCGCCCAUCUGAAGACUUCAAGUUCAAGGACAUGUUUAAGUUGUUCCAUCCCUCGACUACACCAAAAACUCCGGAUAACUUCACAAAUAUCUGUCCAUUUACAAAGUAUCAAGAUGAAUUGUCUCACUAUGGUACAUUAGACGACUUCUCUUCAAAUAGUCGUGAUACAGCAAUGUUCGCCUCAGGCCCUGUCUGCAGAACUGACGCUAAACGCCGCAAGUCCAGGAUCAAGUCGUUCCUGGUCGAAAUUUCCUGGCUGAAGGUGCCGUGGCCAACCGUAGUCACGGCCGUGAUCUACGGAGUGGUCACAGCUGUUCUAACCUACCACGCCUACGCUCAGGUCUCCAGUGUUGUUAAAGAAACCUUCUCCUAUUUGUAAACAAGGACAAAGAAGUGUACACUAGUAGCUCGCAAUGUUUCAUUAUAGCUGCUCGCUUGCUUUGGCAAGGGAGGUUAUCAGUACUGUUGAAUGUUUUUUUGUAGUCAUGUUAUUAUAGUGCCCUAUUCAGUAUAAGUACAUAAUUUAGACUUAUUCAUUUAAUAAUGUGUGAUAAGGUCAAACCACAAUACGUCACAGCUAAAUACCACUAGCUUACAAUGACUUACAUAAUACUAAGAUCUUCAAAUAGUGAACAUGCCGACCUAAUAUAUAAAUUGCUCUCUCUCUCUCUCUGCCUCAGUUUCUCUCUCUCUGUCUUAAUGUCUUUCUCUCUCUGCCUCAAUCUCUUCCUCUCUCUUUGCCUCAAUCUUUCUCUUUCUCUCUUCCUCAAUUUUUCUCUCUCUCUCUUAUCUCAAUCUCUCAAUCUUUCUCUCUUUCUGUCUCAAUCUUUCUCUUUCUGUCUGUCUCUCUAACUACUUCAAUCUCUUUCUCUCUCUUUCUCUCUCUCUCUCUCUCUCUCUAUCUCUCUCUCCAACAAGUGAUGGUAAUUUUUCCUCUCUCCUACUUCGAUACCGGAAACCCGAACCAAAAGGCGCACUAGACUAUAUAAAAAGAAGUGUAUAAAGCUUUAAAUUCUUCUCGAAUGAUUGCUUCAUUUCUUCUGUUACGAAACUGCUGAAAAAAGCAAAACGAAACACAAAUCUAUCAGUUCUUAACAUUUAAAUGUACACGUUUACCAUCAUGGUCUCCCUGAACAGUCUGUCCGACGUUAAAGCGUGCUCGUUAGACUGCAUACGUGAUGUUUGCGUGGUAAUUUUUUUGUUAGCUAUGAUAAUGAUGAAAUAAAUAAUACAGGAAAUAUAAAACCAGAAAAUAU